AUGCAGAUACCGAACAGACCAAUGGAAGCUGGCGGAUACUCCGUGCGUAAUUACGCACGGGCCUCACUAUGCGCUCAGAGCAACGGGAGCCGCUGCGCUCCGGCCGCGAAGACUCCAAGCGGGAAGUCUUUCACCAUCGAGGCUCUGCUGGCCAAGCCGGAGGAGGCGGCACCCAGAGACCGGAGCGGACCGAACCAGUGGGGGGAGAAAUACCCGCAAACCGCGCCUCCUCCGCACCUGGCCGGGUUAACGCUUCCACCGGCACAAUACCUCUAUUCACCCAACGCGUUGCACCCCAGCGUUCACCCGCAGCCUGGAUAUUCCGUCUACUGCUACCCGCCGUUCACCUACGCACCAUCCUGCCGGGGAGCGUUUUACUCACAAGCAACCGUGUCCAAAGCGAACGCAGCGAUGCACCAGUUCAAGACGAAAGGCGGAAAGUCGAAACGCAUGCGCACCAGCUUCACCAGCGAGCAGCUGUCCCGGCUGGAGAAGGAGUUCGCCCGGCAGCAGUACAUGGUGGGAUCCGAGAGGUUCCUCCUGGCCUCCGCUCUGCAGCUCACAGAGGCUCAGGUCAAAGUCUGGUUCCAGAACAGACGCAUCAAGUGGCGCAAACAGAGUCUGGAGCAGCAGCAGGCCAAACUGGCCAAACUGGGACUGGCCGCUCCGCUGAAGAGUCCCGGAUCUCAGGGCCACGGAGACGAAGGCGACGAAGACUUCUCCGACUCGGAUGUGGAUAUCGAUGUAUCCGAUGACUCGGUGGACCACUGCUGACCGUUUCAGAACAAAGACUUCCCUGUACAUAGCGCUGAGAAAGGAGACGGCUGUCUCCGACUAUGACUAUUUAAUAGAUUUAUUCUUAUAUAUUUAAUUUUCUACGUUUAUUCCUCGGAGAUGAGAACGUAUCAUGUAUGGCUUUACAUCUGACAUAUUUUUAAAUAUAUUUUAGGACUUUAAUGCCAAUUCAGUUGUGUUUC